AUGCGUGCGCGCCACCGAAGUCACAGUAAAGGCAACGGAAGCCGAAGUCAGGCCCCGGUCGAAAGACCCACGCGGACACUCGUGGUCGUCUCCACUGCUACACAUGACCCGCUAGGUGUACCGUACAACAUAGCUCAACUGGUCUUGACAUCGAUGAUGGAUGCUGACAGUGGGCAUGGAAUUGCAGAAGUCGACACUGUCCGACAAGCUUGCGUACAAGUCAGACACUCUGCAUCAAGCCAGCAAGAGCGCCAGGCAUCCGGUGCCGUCGACAACGGAGCACCUCUCCUGCUCCGAUGGACGUCGCUACAGCUUACGGAGCUCUUCGACAUGAAAGGAAAUGGCUGCAUCAACAUUGUGCUCGGUGGUUUUGCCGUCCUCACUUUUCAAUUCACAACGCCGACGACACCAACCACGUGGCUCAACAGCUACUUGGGUAGCAGUUGUCGAGGCAGCAUCCGUAGCUGCGACUUCCAGAGUCGUAACAACAGCGCAGCGUCGCCUGUGUCGGCUCGCAACGCUCUGCUGUCUGCGUCGUCUAUCAACGCGCUCGUGACCGACCGCGAGCUGUUCACCACAGCGGCGAGUGUCGUACCCAAGCUUCGAUCUGUUGUAGAACACCGAAAGGACAUGUUCCGCACCAGUAGUGUGUGGCAAAUGGCACCGUCAGACAGACAGCAACCGCCGUGUUGGGUCGUUAAGAAGAAGCAGCACGGCGCUGAGAUCAGUGAGUUCGAUCGAGCCAAACUUUCGUCGGUAAGAAGCACGGAAGGCCCCAACUGGUUUCGAGGAUCGACGCGAGUCGCCGACACGCGCCACUCCAUGAUCGAGUCCCGCGGCUCCAUCUACACGCGCAAUGCGUUCCUCGGAGAGCACACUCAGUCCGAAAUUCGAGCGAGAGAGCUGCUACAAUGGCCACUAAAUGAUCUCAACGUCACCUACGCUGCAUCAGCUCAAGUCACACUGAACUGCAGACUAGGGGAAGCGAUGACGAUGCUGUUCAGCCGCGAGACACUACAGUUCGAUGCAAGCAUGGACGCUCUAUUCGGUGCCAGGAAGUACAAGAGCGGUGAUCUACUGGUCUCACGCGAGUUCCGCAAGAAUCUCGCGAUGGAUUUCGGAGACGACAGCUCGCCUUGUUGGGAAGACGAAGACCUGAACGAUCUGUGUCAACCUGGCUGGGUUGCGCUGCAAUCCGUGGUGCUACGUUCGCGUCGAUCUUUGAACCCAAUGGCAGCAGCUAAGCACACGAGUCGUCGCCAGAGACUUUGCUUUGCGGCGUAUUCGCAGCUCUGUCCUGAUGCUAACGAGGCGUUCUACACCAUGAAGACUCUACCCAAGCCUAUGCACGAUAAGUUCACUGGCUGUAGAGACCAGCGUGCGUCAGAGCAGGCGCUUCGAGGCGAUAUGGACCACAUUGCUGCCGGCUAUCACCUCAUGAGCUCGUACAGCGACUUGAAUGGGCAUCAGACACGGAUCACGAUGACUGCGUACGUCUACAGUCCAGCCACCGAUCCAUCACGGGUGCGUCCGAGGUUCUGGGCUAAAGGCCAGCCUGGUGUUGGCUCGGUUUCCUCUCGACGACACUAUGCAGUACCGACAGCCAAUGCUGAAGCCAAGUACGUCGUGAAUACCCUAGCUGCAGCGACAACGUCAUUUGAGCAGCUCGUGCGUCGUCGUCGGUUGGGGUACCAGCCAUUCCUCCACAUGCCUGCAGUCCACCACACAACCCAGGACAAUCGAUGCAGCGUGUGUCGAAAGAACUUUGGACUGUUACGCUCUCAGCGGUACUGCCAGCUCUGUGCACAGCGUGUCUGCCGCGAAUGUUCGAGAAAGUUUGACGUGGAGCCAGUAGCACGCAGUGUGCGACGCAAUCGAAUUUGUUUCGCUUGUGUGGCCAACGUGGAUGCCAGCGUGUUCCAACAAGAAAACCCGCUGCUAAACACAUCGCUUCCUAGAGCUUCGAUUGCAGAAGCCAGGACGAAUAACCGAGAGGACGAAGAAGAAAUAGGUGCGAAGAUUUCCACCGCCUUCUACAAUAUCCUGCUCAACAACGACCACUCUCGUACAUCACAAUCAACCCAGAAGGCAUCAACUUCACAGGCGUACGAGGCACAAAUGCACCGACUGGACCGCAGCAGCAGUGCAGCUACCGUUUCGACGUCAUUUUCAUCCACACCUGGACGGCAACUGGCCGACGCACUGUUUUCAAGUGACCCCCUGACCAGGGCGCGGGCAUUGGAAGUUGUGCGCCAAGUGGUGAAGCAGGUGACAUCCGAUUCGGCACCAACGAACUCAAAUUCUACAGUUUCGUCCUCUUCGACGUUGAACCCGUCGAUUCCGGUGUUUCAUUCGCAGUAUCCGGACAGGAAAAUGGUGGAUAAGUAUCUGGAGGCUCGUCUGCAUCUAUCGAGUAUAUCGCUCAGUGGCGAGCCUACAGUCGCAUACAGCAGCAGCGACGCUUCUCGCAGUCAAUCAAGUUCGUUCUACAACCUCCAAGAAGUGACACAGCGUCGACGAUGUAGUACUAGCGGUCAAUGCUCAUCGUCGUUCGUCCGACCUACGGUCCUGCCGCGACCAUGGACCACGGCGACGAAUCUGGAGACGGAGCUUGACUUGGACGAUGACCUGAACUCGGCAGCGCUGGAUUCAGUCUGCGAGGUUGCUGCCAUCCGCAUGCGUUGUUCAAUCGCGUACAUUGUGGCGAUUAACGCCAUGAACUCCCACGCUCAGCGCAUUGUGGGAUCUUCCGGUGCUCCGCGUCCAUGGACCGAAGAGAUGACGGUUUGUCCGUUCCCUCUCGUAGCUAAUGGCAAGCCUUUCGUGAUUAAAGAUCCUGCGCGUGACGCACAGCUACGUCAUCUGCGACUUGUUCGCGACAUCGGCGUGCGCUUCUUCGCUGGUUUCCCCAUCAAAUCACCUGACGGCGUUGUUGUUGCCUGUUUGUGCACAGUAGACGCCAAAGCCCGCGAAAAGAUCUCGCUGGAGGACCUCAAGGCCAUGCACGCGCUGUCUAAGCUCGCCUCCGACCUGUUCGAGGAGGAGGUGAACCCAUACACGCCGCGGAAUAAUGCUCGUUGAUGAGUGACUUCAACUUCAACAUUUUGUUACUUUAUGCUUACUUAAUCACCACUUCAAUUUUUCCACUUGAAA